CGCCCGUUGAACGUGUUCUUUUUGUAGAAGCACUUACACUAUGUGUCGGACGGGGGAUUUCAAACGCACGCAGGACGUGGAUUGGACAGGACGUUGUUUUGUCGGACGCUCGGCUGCUGAAGGCGGUUUAUCUUUGGUUGAAAACGUGCGUUUGUUUGGAGUUUUUCUGUCUCUUUUCUCUCUGUAAACAUGAGCAAACUCUUCCUCCACCAACAGCCAGCGUAGUUACAGUAACCGUGGCCCUGCGGGAAUAUCUGGAUUUCUUGAGUAUUGCACCUGGAAAAUGAAGCUGAAACUGCCCGUGGCUGUGUGAUGAAUUUUUAUUGUGUUCAGUGAUUUUCAAGGUGCGAAGUGGGUUUAAAGAGCAGUACAUCUGAAUGGAUAUGAAAGGGUCAGCGUCCAGUUUCUCCUCAAAUCCAUUAUGGCCAUAAAAACCUUAAUAACAUUGUGUCCAUAACGCUGCGAGAAUGUAUUUAAUUUUAAAUCCUCGCCUUUGGAUUUUUAUAGGUUUUCUUUCUGUGCUCUGUUUUCCACAGGAAGCCACGGACCUCGAGACUGGGCCGCCUCGUAUCCAGAAUGUGCUGCAAAGAAUCAAUCACCCAUCGGCAUCGCAGACGAACAGGCUCUGGUUUCAGAGGAGUACCAGGAACUGUUGCUGGACAAAUUCAACAGCCAGUCGUCCAACCUGACCACCAUGAAGAACACCGGGAAGACAGUGGCUGUUCUCCUGAAGGACGACUACUUCGUCAGAGGGGCCGGGCUGCCGGGGCGCUUUAAGGCUGAAAAGAUGGAAUUUCACUGGGGCCAGAAUAAUGGAUCAGCGGGCUCCGAGCACAGCAUCGGUGGCAGGAGGUUCCCCGUGGAGAUGCAGAUCUACCUGUACAAUUCCGAUGACUUUGACAGCCUCACUGCUGCCAUCAAGGAGCAACGCAUCAUUGCUGCCAUGGCUGUUUUCUUCGAGGUGGGACCAAAAGACAAUCCAGCUUUAGAUCCUAUCAUCCAGGGCCUAAAAGGAGUCGUGCAUCACGAAAAAGAGACCAACCUGCGGUCUUUCAUCCUGAGGGAUCUGCUGCCUUCAUCAUUGGACAGUUAUUACCGAUACACCGGCUCCCUGACCACACCUCCCUGCAGCAAGGUAGUGGAGUGGAUCGUCUUCUCCCGCCCGGUGUAUCUGUCUCACACACAGCUGGAGGCGUUUUAUUCCAUCUUUACAACGGAGCAACAGGAUCAUGUCAAGUCUGUCGAGUACCUGAGGAACAACUUUCGGCCUCUGCAGGAUCAGGACAACAGAAAGGUCUUUAAGUCGGCUGUGAAGGAUGCGUGGCAGAAUGAUUUGUCUGAGAUCCUGAGAGCCCCUCACAGCACCGAGGCCUCCAGAGUGUGCAGCAGUGCCCCAGUGAGCAUGAAGAUUCAGCCGCUGAACCGGACAGCCCUAAUGGUGAGCUGGGAACGCCCUCUGACCGUCUACCACCCGCCUAUCACCAGCUACACCGUCUCCUACAGCUGGGCCAAACGUGACGAGGCAGAUGAAAACACCUUCACCAAGACUGGAGACCAGAGCAUGAAAGCAGUCAUCACCAACGUGUCCCCGGACGUUCUGUACCUGUUCAGAGUGCAGGCCGUGUGCCAGCACGACCUGCGCAGUGAUUUCAGCCAAACGCUGAUGAUCAGAGCAAAUACAACAAGAAUAUUUGAAGGGUCUCGUAUCGUGAAGACUGGAAUGGUCCCACAGCCCACCAUCUCUCCAGCGUCCUCCGCCGACAUGGCUCCAAUAAGUUCUGGUUCCUCCACGUGGACGUCGUCCGGUAUUCACUUCUCCAUCGUUUCCAUGGCAACGGGGAUGGGCCCUUCCUCCAGUGGCAGCCAGGCCACCGUGGCGUCAGUGGUGACCAGCUCCUUGCUGGCCGGCCUGGGCGUGGGUGGAGGAGUCAUCUCUUCUCUGCCCAGUUCCGUCUGGCCCACGCAGGCCCCACGAGCCACGCAGAGCCCCAACCGGCCGGCGACCACACCUGCACAGGCCAGCACCGAGCAGACGGCUUCUCAGAGCUCGGAGACGGACGCCGGGUCUGAGGACAAGCAGGCGGAACGUGAGGGGGAGGAGGACGAGGGUGAGACGGAAGGAGAAAAAGACGACGGCGGAGAUGAGAAGAAGAAGAAGACCAAGACGGCGCCUGACAACGAGGAGCAGAGGAGCAACAGCUCCGUGGCCGCAGAGCCUUCGGCGCCCACACCUGCGUCCACGGCCAAGGAGAAAGGAGAAGGGAAGCCGACGGUCAAAGGCAGCGCGGCUCCUACAAGUGCUGCUGAGGAGCAUUCGGUCGCGGCCGAGAGCAACGCCACCGAAGUGACUACGGUCUCCACCCAGGAGCCCCGUAACGACAGCGCCGAGAUGCAGAUUCCUCAGAGCUCCACGCAGCCUCCGAAAAUGAGCGUAGACGGGAAGAACGACUGGCCGUUCUCCGUCCACACAGACCCGACCACUUUGUCCGACGUCACCCGGACCCCUCCCCCCGUGGUGGGCAGGAUGGUGUGGAUAGUGCCCCUGGUGGUGGUGUCUGCUCUGACCCUGCUCUGCCUCAUACUGCUGCUGAUUGUGAUGGUGUACUGGAGGAGAUUCUUCCAGACGGCCCACUUCUACGUGGAGGAGAGUAACUCUCCGAGGGUGGUGGCCAAUGAGAACAUUCCAGUCAUCCCCAUACCAGAUGACAUGGAGGCCGUUCCAGUGAAGCAGUUUGUCAAACACGUGAUGGAGCUGUACAAGAACAACCUGCAAGGUUUUGCCGAGGAGUUUGAGGAGGUUCAGCGCUGCACUGCAGAUCUGAAGAUCACGGCAGAACAUUCCAAUCAUCCUGACAACAAGCACAAAAAUAGAUACAUCAACAUCGUGGCCUAUGACCACAGCCGGGUUAAACUACGCGCACUGGCAGGGAAGGACGCCAAGCAUUCAGAUUACAUCAACGCCAACUAUGUGGACGGCUACAACCGUCCCAGGGCGUACAUCGCCGCCCAGGGUCCGCUCAAGUCCACGUUUGAGGAUUUCUGGAGGAUGGUUUGGGAGCAGAGCACUGGAAUCAUUGUUAUGAUCACAAACCUGGUGGAGAAAGGAAGAAGGAAGUGCGACCAGUACUGGCCGACGGAGAACAGCGAGCAGUACGGGAACGUGGUGGUGACGCCGAAGAGCACCGAGGUGCACGCCUGCUACACCGUGAGGCGCUUCCACAUCAGGAACACUAAAGUUAAAAAGACCCAGAAGGGGAAUCCGAAGGGGAAGCUGAAUGAACGGAUCAUCAUCCAGUAUCACUACACCCAGUGGCCUGACAUGGGAGUCCCAGAGUACACCCUCCCCGUGCUCACCUUCAUCGGCCGCUCGUCGGCAGCGGCCCACACCGCAGACAUGGGCCCCGUCCUGGUGCACUGCAGUGCAGGGGUGGGGCGCACAGGAACAUACAUUGUCAUUGACAGCAUGCUGCAACAGAUCAAGGACAAAAGCACAGUCAGUGUCCUGGAUUUUCUCAAACACAUUCGCACACAACGGAACUACUGGGUGCAGACUGAGGAGCAGUACGUGUUCAUCCACAACGCUCUGAUGGAGGCCAUCCUGAGCAGAGAGACGGAGGUUCCAGGCUCUCAGCUGCACAGUUACGUCAACAACAUCCUCACACACAACUCAACGGGACACUCAAGACUGGAGAAACAGUUCAGGCUUCUGACUCAGUGCAACGCUCGCUUCGUGGAGUGUUUCAGUGCCCACAAAGACUGCAACAAGGAGAAGAACCGCAACUCCUCCGUGGUUCCCUCGGAGCGAGCGAGGGUCGGACUCACCACUCUGCCUGGAAUGAAGGGAACAGAUUACAUUAAUGCCUCCUACAUAAUGGGUUACUACAGGAGUAAUGAGUUUAUCAUUACCCAGCAUCCCCUGCCCCACACCACCACAGACUUCUGGAGGAUGAUUUGGGACCAUAACGCUCAAAUAAUCGUCAUGCUGCCUGACAACCAAGGCCUGGCUGAGGAUGAGUUUGUUUACUGGCCCAGUCGUGAGGAGGCCAUGAACUGCAUCUCCUUCACCGUCACCCUCAUCAGUAAAGACCGACUGUGCCUCUCCAACGAGGAGCAGAUCAUCAUUCAUGACUUCAUCCUAGAGGCCACACAGGAUGACUACGUUUUAGAAGUGAGACAUUUCCAGUGCCCCAAGUGGCCGAACCCGGACACUCCCCUCAGCAGCACCUUCGAGCUCAUUAACGUCAUCAAGGAGGAGGCCAUCACCCGAGACGGCCCCACCAUCGUCCACGAUGAGUACGGAGCGGUGUCGGCGGGGACGUUCUGCGCCCUCACCACGCUCUCUCAGCAGCUGGAGAACGAGGGCGUGGUGGACAUCUACCAGGUGGCCAAGAUGAUCAAUCUGAUGAGGCCGGGAGUCUUCACUGAUGCAGAACAGUACCAGUACCUUUACAAAGCCAUGCUGAGCCUGGUCAGUAACAGCGACUGCGGACUGAGCCCGAUGCACAUGGACACUAACGGAGCUGUCGUGAUCGCGGACGAGUCGGACCCUGCGGAGAGCAUGGAGUCGCUCGUCUGAGGACACUUUGACGCGGGCACUUAAUUUGUAAAAAAAACAAACAAACAAACAAACCCUGAGGACUUUUCUGAGGCCUUUUUUGCCAGACUAUUGAUUAAAUGAAUAACCUUAUUAUUUUUUAUACUGAUAAAGGUUUUUUGAUAUUUAUGUUUAUGUCCUUUAUUUCUUGUCUUAAACGUUAUCCUGCUGAGCGUUUGCACCUGUUCAAGUUUAGCGUGAGGAAAAAAGGAAAGAAAAAAAGAAAAAAAAAAAAAGCAGCAGCUCUCUCUCCA